CGAGUGUAUUGCAUAGACGGACUCAGUUCGUUUAAAUAUUUAUUCUGUUAUCAAUUAACCGUCGAAUCAAAGUCAAGCAAAUUUACUCUCAACUCAACAUCACCAGACAAAGUUAGUGGUUUUAUAAUGUGUCGUCGUUUUCUAAUACCUUGAUAAAUCGAGUUGGAAAAUGAAUAAAAACGAGAAACAAGUAUGCCCGUUAUUGAGGAAUCCAGAAACUUAUAAUCCGGAUUCCCUGGAUCUCUUAACCAACAUCGAAGCUAGAGACUAUUGGUUGCAUUGUUUGGAGCAAAUGGUGAAGAAAUUCGUGAAGAAAGCGAAAUACCUACAUCCCGACGACCCGGAUGCCACUGAAAAAGCAAUAUUGUGCUAUCAAGAUUUCCAUAAUUUAGUCCAACAAUUGAUUUUGGACCCCACGAUAUUAAAACCUUUAAGCAUUCGUAAAUUGCUCGAAUGUAACGAAGACAACCUCAGAACUUAUUUCAAAGACCCCUGGCUGGUGCAGAAGCAAACGGAAAGCAAUCACGCCCUAAGUCAAUUCGAUCAUAGAAUAGAACUCAUCGAUUCGAUAGAAGAUGUCGAGAAGAAGUGGCUGGAAAUCGUUCGAGGAGUAUUAACGGGGAAUUUCUUCGAUUGGGGUGCCAAAAUCGUCACGGACAUUUUAGAAACUACUCAAAAUUUCGGGUUUCAAGACGCUGCACACAUCAUACAGAAAAGACCUUGGUAUUUGGAUAAAUUCGAUGAUUUCUUCAAUCAAAUUAAGGUCAAACCUUACAAAUCCUGCGUCAUCUUCGUCGAUAAUUUGGGUGUCGAUUUCAUAUUGGGCAUCCUGCCCAUGGUGAGGGAGUUCCUUUCGCAGGGCACGAAGGUCAUUUUGACGGCCAAUACUUAUCCAGCCUUGAACGAUGUGACUUUCCAGGAGUUGAGCACUUACUGUCACAAAGCUGCCGAACACUGUUCGAUAUUAAAAGAAGGCUUGAAGAGCAAGCAUCUGAGCUUUGUAGAGAACGGACAGAAAGGGCCUUGCUUGGAUUUGGCCAACCUUUCGCCAGAUCUGUGCGAGCGCAUGAAAUCGGCGGAUUUGGUGAUCAUCGAAGGCAUGGCGAGGGCCGUGCAUACGAAUAUGUACGCUAAACUGACGGUCGACUGUCUGAAAUUGGCUGUGUUGAAAAACGAAUGGUUGGCUCGCAGUUUGGGCACUGAACAAUUCGCCGUUAUUUGCGAUUUCGAAUCGGCGACUUGAUUGAACUUAUUUGUACCUGAUGAUGUGGUUAUGUAUACAUAUUUUAUUGUAAAUUAAAAGGCGAGUUUUAUUUUAUUCUAACGAACGUGUCGCUUGGUUGUUUUCGAGUUUUAUUGUGUAAUAUACAGGUUUUUAGCAAGAA